GCGGGCACGCAGUACAAGGACAUCAAGCAGCAGCUGAAGGACGGGGUGCGUGGGCUGCAUCUGGACAUCUACAAGGGCUCGACGGCGGGCUCGGUGAAUUUGUGCUUCCCCGACUGCAGCGUGAUCAACGGCGGCACGCUGGCGGCGACGCUGGAAAUUGUGAAGGCGUGGCUCGAUGACAACCCCAACGAGGUGGUGACGAUAUUCCUGGAUGGCGCUGAGACCACGGCGGACCCAGCUGCUGUGGAGCAGGCGUUCGUGAGCUCGGGCAUCGACACAUACAUGCUGCCCAGCAAGACGGUGACUGGGAAGUGGCCGACGCUGGAGAAGAUGAUUUCCGACGGCACGCGGCUGGUGGUGUUUGCCGAGUCG